AUGCAUCUUUCUUCUGUGAAAAGAACAAAUUUAACAUUCGAGGAUGAAAAUCCAACGGCAAGAGGAAAAAAACAAGUGGCAGACACACCACGACGUGCCUUAGGGGAUGUGAAGAAUAUGUUGCGUAUAGAAGAUGUAAUUUGUACUUUCCCGCCUUGGCAACACCAAACAGAAGCUCCAUCAAAGGAGCGGCAGUGGCCUCCGUUCAGAAAUCAGGGGUUACAAUUUUUCAUACAUAUCGUUGAUAUGGACCAGUUAAAACUACUAAAUCUGGAUAUCAGCGACGAUAUUGUCGAAGAGUCGAACUUACAUGAGGAUCCAAGAAUUGAAGGGACCCUUUUUCGGCGAGAGGACAGUAUCAUCCUCUCAGAUCCAGAAAACGACGCUGAAUAUUUUGAAAAGUUGGUUUCAACGGAAGACUAUGGAGAUAAUUCGAUCACUGACGACGACGAUGAAACCAUUGAAAUGUGUGGUUUGGAGGAUGAACCGUUUGAUUACAGACAUGUCAUUAAUGAUUUGGACGGAAAUGCUGUGUUGACUGAGGACUUCCCACCGUUUCUGUACGAAAAGCCGGACCUCGUUGGUCUCGAUAAAGUGAAAAACUACACGCUACAAGAAAUAGAGGAGUUGUUUGACUCAUUUUCCGACGUCUUAAUACUUUAA